AUGGGAAUAAAAAAAUUUGAUUUGGAGAAGGAAAAAAGUGUACUGGAUGAGCAAGGGCUCAGGAUAGCUGAAAAUCAAGAAAACAGCCAGAAGAAUAGGCGGAAGCUUGCAGAGAGCACUAGAGAUUUCAAGAAAGCUUCCCCAGAGGAAAAGCUAAAUCUUUUUAACUCUUUACUUAGAGGUUACCAAGAAGAAGUUGAUAAUCUGACCAAGAGAGCAAAGUUUGGGGAGAAUGCUUUUCUUAACAUCUAUCAAAAACUUUAUGAGGCUCCAGAUCCUUAUCUGGCUCUUGCUUCAAGUGCUGAGCAAGAUCUGAAAUUGUCUGAAUUAGAAUCUGAGAAUAGGAAAAUGAAAGUAGAGCUUGAAGAAUUCAGGACAGAAGCAACUCAUUUAAAGAAUCAACAGGCAACAAUAAGAAGACUUGAAGAGCGCAACCGUCAGUUAGAGCAACAGAUGGAGGAUAAAGUUAAAGAAAUUGUGGAGAUCAAGCAACGCAGUUUUGCAGAAGAGAACCAGAAAAUGCUUGAGGUCCUAAAGAAAGAGCAAUUGUUGCAAGAUCAAUUACGACAAGCUAAAGACAGUGUUUUCAAUAUGCAGAAAUUACAUGAGCUUGCUCAAAGUCAAUUGUUCGAGCUUCGUGCUCAAUCUGAUGAAGAGAGGGCAACCAAGCAAUCUGAGGUCAAUCUUCUGAUGGAUGAAGUUGAACGGGCCCAGACACGGCUUCUUAGUCUUGAGAGGGAGAAGGGACUUCUGCGCUCCAAAUUAGACACAGCAAAUGAAGACACUGAAAAUAAGAACAGUGAUACUUCAGAUUCAAAUAGCAUCCUUGAGAAUUCUUUAAUUGCCAAAGAGAAGAUCAUCGCCGAACUCAACAUGGAACUGCACAAUAUUGAAACAACAUUAUCAAAUGAAAGAGAGGAACACCUGAACGAGAUCAAGAAGUUGAACGCAUUGCUCAUUGAAAAGGACGCUGCUCUCGAGGAGAUGAAGAAAGAGCUUCAGGGCAGGCCAACAACAAAACUGGUUGAUGAUUUGCGUAAAAAGGUGAAAAUUUUGCAGGCAGUGGGUUAUAAUUCCAUUGAGGCUGAAGAUUGGGAAGUAGCCACAAGCGGGGAAGAGAUGAGCAAAAUGGAGUCUCUUCUUCUUGAUAAAAACCGGAAAAUGGAGCAUGAACUCACACAGUUGAAAGUCAAACUUUCGGAGAAAGCAUCGUUGCUGGAAAAAGCUGAUAGCAAGACAGCAGAACUUACAGUAAAGGUUAAUGAACAACAAAAGUUAAUCCAAAAGUUGGAGGAUGACAUACUGAAGGGCUAUAGUUCCAAGGAUAAGAAAGGAAGCCUAUUUGAUGACUGGGAUCUUUCAGAGGCUAGGAGCACUGAGGUGUCUGAGAAUGCAGAUCAAAAGCACGUUUCCUCGGACCAAGAUCAAAGCUCAAUGCUUAAGGUUAUCUGUAACCAGCGAGAUCGAUUCAGGACACGCUUGAGAGAGACAGAAGAAGAAAUAAGGCAGUUGAAGGAAAGGAUAGGAGCGUUAACAGCAGAACUGGAAAAGACAAAAGCUGAUAAUGUUAAACUCUAUGGAAAGAUUCGUUAUGUUCAGGAUUACAGUCUUGAAAAAGUAGUUUCUAGAGGAUCAAAAAAGCCUGCAGAGGAUCUUGAAAGUGGUUUCUCCUCAGAUGUUGAAUCCAAAUACAAGAAGAUAUAUGAGGAUGACAUAAAUCCUUUUGCAGCCUUCUCGAAAAAGGAAAGGGAUCAGAGGUACAAGGAGUUGGGUUUCAGGGAUAGAAUUACACUUAGCAGCGGACGUUUUCUUCUUGGCAACAAGUAUGCUCGGACUUUCGCAUUUUUCUACACUAUUGGGUUGCAUAUACUGGUGUUCACCUGUCUCUACCGAAUGUCAGCUCUGAGCUAUCUUAGCAAUGGUCAGGAGGAUGUAAUUAUUGGCGAUAAACAACUGAACCUCCCACAUGCGCUCUAG